ACACACACUCAUGCACAGGCACACACGCACACUCUGCUCGCAAGCUGCCCUAGGAAAAAGUUCCGUUCUUUUCGCUCCGAUCUCUUCUUAAAAUUUCUCCGAAAAGUUUCGGUUUAGUGUCUCUCCAGCCUCUCCCCCGCCUCCACAACCACCACCACCUACCCUCCCUCCCUCCUCCCCCGGGCCGAUCUCCGCUGCCCUGCCCCGGCACGGUUUGGGGCAUGCCUGUGAGCAUGUUCAGCAUCGACAAUAUACUGGCGGCCAGACCUCGCUGCAAGGACUCGGUGCUGCUGCCCCCACCGAGCGCCGCCGCCCCCGUCGUCUUCCCCAGCCUCCACGGGGAUUCUCUCUACGGCAGCGCCUCUGACUACGGCGGAUUUUACUCCCGGGCGGUGGCACCCGCCUCCGCGCUGCCGCCAGCCGUCACCGGAUCUCGGCUCGGCUACAACAACUACUACUACGGACAGCUGCAUGUGCCGGCGUCGCCCGUGGGUCCUUCGUGCUGCGGGGCGGUGCCGCCCCUGGGAACCCAGCAAUGCUCUUGCGUCCCCUCCGCAGGUUACGAGGGCACUGGGUCAGUCCUGAUGUCCCCUGUUCCCCAUCAGAUGUUGCCCUACAUGAAUGUGGGCACUUUGUCCCGGACGGAGCUGCAGUUGCUGAACCAGCUGCACUGCAGGCGAAAAAGACGGCAUCGGACCAUCUUCACUGACGAGCAGCUAGAAGCGCUUGAAAACCUCUUCCAGGAAACAAAGUACCCGGACGUGGGCACCAGGGAACAGCUGGCCAGAAGGGUGCACUUAAGAGAGGAAAAAGUGGAGGUUUGGUUCAAAAACCGUCGGGCAAAGUGGAGGAGGCAAAAACGAUCGUCUUCGGAGGAGUCAGAAAAUGUACAAAAAUGGAAUAAAGCUCCUAAAACGUCUCCGGAGAAAAGACAAGAGGACGGGAAAAGUGACUUGGACUCCGAUAGCUGAUACCUCGAGGGGGGAACAUUUCUCUUGAACUGUCGGAUACGCUCCAGAGGAUGCUACUAAUCUUGCACAAGCUCUGCCUUGUUGGAAGGGAAAAUAUCUGUAUAUAAUGUACAAUGCCCAGAGUUGAUUUCGUGUAAAUAAAAUGUGUUGUGAAGGUGUUG